AUGAAUAAAUCCUAAGGUUAUUUUGUUCUCAUAAGAAAAAUAAAGCUGACCAACAUCUAGAUAUAAAAAUAAACUUAAACUAGAUACUGUUAAAACACCUUCAAUUGUCAAGAAUAUAAUCCUAUUCAUAUAAGAGCAUUAUUUAUAUUGGUAGAUUAUAUAACAUUAAGCUAUAUUACUCAAGGAUAUUAGUAAGAAUUGCAAAAUUUAUUAUUCUUAGAAUAGUAUUAAGACGACAUGGAAAAAGAGAGUUCUGGAAAUAUCUAAAGUUAUAAAUUUUAUGUCUAGCUAUUCUAUAAUAUUUUUUUCCUGUGGAUCGCUACAUAAACUAAAAGACUUUAAUAGUAUGCUUAUGCAAGCAAAUAAUAUUAAACUAGCAGAGAAAGUACUUAAAAUGCUUCUCAAAUUGUCCAUUUGAAUAUAAUGAAGUUAUAAAAUCACUUUAAAUAUCAAAUCCCAUGA